AUGCUCAUCUUCAUCCUGCUGCUCUCCCUGGCUGCAGUCAGCCAUGUUUCAGGAGGAGUUCCAUUUACAACCAGCACUAACAUAGACAUCAAAUCGUGUCCCUUUGUCUUCCUUGGAAAAGUUUACCAGAACUUGUAUGUCGACACUGCCGACAACAAAGUCUCAGUUUGUUUCAAAGGCCCACGCAGCACAAGUAACAACGACUGUGUUCUGGUGGAUAAAAGUGGAGGAAUCAACAAGGGUGACUGGAUCACUAGAACCAGACUGUAUGAACCAGGAUCAGAUGCUCAUAAGGAUCUGCCACAGCUCACAGGGACAGCAACAUGCUACACAUUCAUUAAACUCUUCAAGGACGAUUCUGAAUAUCUUCGGUUUGCCUUUUACAAAUUUGGUGACCAAGGAGUUGUUCGUAAUACUAUGUAUUCACCCUAUCCAUUCACUGCUUUGGACGUUGAUGUUCAGGUCGAUGGUAAGAAAGUGGAUACGUGGAAGACUCAGGUUAGAGGCAGUAGUGUCUACAAGGAUGCGAGCGCCUGCACACACGCAGGGAUCCUCUGGGAUCCUCUGGGAUCCUCUGGGAUCCUCGGGGAUCCUCGGGGAUCCUCUGGGAUCCUCGGGGAUCCUCUGGGAUCCUCGGGGAUCCUCUGGGAUCCUCGGGGAUCCUCGGGGAUCCUCUGGGAUCCUCGGGGGCCCUCGGAGAUCCUCGGGGGUGCUCUUCUUCUACCAAAUAAGGGAUUAUGUGAGUCAGGCUCCUCUGUAACGUGCAGCGCCUCAGCAGAGCUCAAAUCAAGUCCUUGUGGCUCCGGGGAGAAAUGCGAGGGCGAGGGCCAGUGUGUGAAAGAUGCCGUGUGCACGGUGACCGGCUCCACUGUCAUCGAUGUCGACGGUAAUGCUGCCUCCGUCCCGGAUCGCUGUGCGUACACUCUGCUGUCAGAAUCAGGCAUCAAGCUGCAGGCCGUCUUCCAGGACCGCCGUCGUAAAGAUAUUAGUUUUUUGGAUCAUGUGAUCCUGCAUCUGGAUAAAGAUGUUAACAUUCACCUGGGACAAGGUGGGAGGGUUACGCUGAAGGACAAAGAGCUGAGCCUCAGCAGCACACCUGUGAAGCAUCACGAUGUGGAGCUCACUAAGGACCAAACUGGGGUCACCGCCAAGCUGUUGAAGUCCAAAUACGGCACCUCUGUCUUCUUUGAUGGCUACACCGCACAGAUCCACAUGAAAGUACCAAGUGGAACCACCAUACAGGGUCUAUGUGGCAAGUCCAGUCAGACUCUGAGUGGAGUGAAGGUCUCUGAGUUAAGCUCUGACAGCUGUGAUAAAGUGCACAAGGACGCUGUUGACAGUACGAUUGACUGCAAGGAAAUAACUAAACGCUGUGAACUCCUGAAGACGGCUCCCUUCGACUCCUGCCACAGCUCCAUCAAGCCUGAUCCCUACAUCAAAGCCUGCACCGACACUCUGUGCAAAUACCCGGCGGUGGACGGUCUCAAGUGCCAGUUCCUGGAGGCCUACGCCAAAGCCUGCAGCCUGGUCGGCAAGACAGUCAAGGACUGGGGGACACCGACCAGCUGCUCCUCUGCCAAGGCCUUCUGUCAGGACAAGUUCUGCAGUGCUAAUGAGUUCUGUGCUGAAGAUACCAGUGGUGGAACCAGCUGCCUCUGUCGGCCCAUUUUUGCCUCCAAAUACAGAACGGCAAAAACUUUUGGCGAGCCGACCGUCUGCGAUAAAAACUCUGCUUCAGUCAGUCUGGCUGGUUGUCUCAUGGAGGAAAAGAACAUCGACUACUCUGUCUUACACCUCAACGACAAGACAUGCAAAGGUCAGCGGGACGAAAAGACCCACAUGGUGACAUUCAGCUUCAACAGCGACACCUGUGGGACAGUGCUCACGGCCGAAAACAAACAACUUAAGUUCAAGAACGCCAUCCUUGCUCAGGACAGCUCUAGCUCCAAGAUCACUCGCCAUGAUGAAGUGAAAAUCGACUUCUCCUGCUUCUACAACCAGCCGGACGUCGAAACCAUGUCCUUCAAAAUCAAAGACAGCUCUGUGACCCAGGAGAUUGUAUCUGGAGCUUGGGUAUACACUCUGACCAUGAAGGCCUACACUGACGCCAGCCGUACACAAGCUGUGUCAUCCAGCACUGAUAUCCUGCUGGAGCAGACCGUCUGGGUGGAGCUGAAGACGGUUGGGCUGGAUGACAAACUGGUCUCCGUGGUGACCGACUCCUGCUGGGCGACCAACGAGAAAUCAUCCACUGCGAAGCUGAAAUACGACCUGAUCGUGAAAGGCUGUCCCAGCUCUGCUGACAAGACGGUGAAAGUGGAGGGCAACGGACUGGGAACGUCCAACUACUUCUCCUUCAACAUGUUCCAGUUCUCUGGGAAGGAUGGUGACGUCUACCUGCACUGCAAACUCAACCUGUGUGUGAAGAAGGGCAACACCUGCACCCCGAGCUCCUGUGGCGGUAAGAGAAGACGCAGAUCUGCCAGGAAUAGAUAUGUGGAUGUAAACCCAGCCUUCAUCACCAUGGCCUGGAGUAAUUAG